AUGUCUUUGCAGUCUAUCGUGGCGUCGAUGAUCGACGACGCGCCUCCGGGCAACAAUCUGAACGUCAUCAAUGACAUCAAAAUCCUGCUGAACAAGGAAGACUCGCGCAGGAUCAUUGCUGAGAACCUGGAACAGUUCCAUCUCAACAAGGACUUCAAGCUCGUCAAGAUAAACGACAACGACUUUGCGCUGGUUUCGAAAUACAACAAGAAGGGCAUCAAAUUCUACGACCCGGCACUCAACGUCACUUUUGACUACGAUUUCGACGCGCUCAAGGUGAUAGAUGUCGAAGCCGGACAGACCCCAGUUUCCGACGAGGUCGCCAGCUACAACAAGGAACUCGCCGAGUACUGCGCCAAAUACUAUCCGACGUUCUACAAGUCGCUUGUGGUUGCGGACGAGAGCGACCCGGCAGUCCUAUAUUUCGUGAUUGUGGAUGAAAACCUGAACGACGCAAACUUCUACAACGGAAGAUGGCAAUCGUUCUACCAGUACAACUCGAGCACCAAACAGCUGACCGGAGAAAUCAGCGUCAAGAUCCACUACUACGAGGACGGAAACGUGGUUCUGAACUCAGGAACCAAGGUCAGCGAGCAGGUCGGCUCCUCCGUCGUGGACACCAUAGCCACGGCCGAGACUGCUUUCGAGACCGCUGUGUUCAGCAAGUUCGCCAACCUCAACGAGGACCUCUUCAAGAACCUGAGAAGACAGCUGCCGAUUAACCGGUCCAAAGUCAGGUGGGGAGACGCCAUUGGAAACUAUAAACUAGGCCAGGACGUUGUUGGGGGAAGACACUGA